GUCCAGCGCUGUGUGCGCAAGUGGACCACCGAUUUAGGAAUUCUGGCUACAGAGAAGGCCUUAGGCUUUGAGGAUAUCUCGCUCGAGUCCUCGGCUACUAGCGUGAGCUCUGGCGCUGGGAAUGACGCUGCAAGUCUUUUGUCGAACGGAGAGAUCAAAGCGAAAGAAGAAUGAACAUGUAAAAAGUGGUGCAGCAGGAAGAGCACUUGUAAGAACACACCGACACUACAUGCUUCUGCACAUCAUCGAAGAUUUUUUUCAAGAAAGCAGGAAUCUUCUCUCCCCGCGGUUGUAGUUAGUCUAUCAGUAGUUCCAGUACAUAGCCGAGCACACAGCAACAUACUUCUGCUCAGUCUCUGUCAUAGAAUGCGUCUACAUGCAUCACGACCAGUCCAAGACGUAGAUUUCCCUAUUUAUUGCACUGUUUCCUCUUCCACACAGU